AUUCUAGGAACUGAUACAGGAUGUAAAACUGCAUGUUCAAAACUUGUAGAUUAUAUUCGCAUUCAUCCACAAAGUGAACAGAGACAGAGGGUGUGAACCUGAAAUUAUCGGUAGGCUACUGUCCCUAUUUUCUCUUCAUCAUGGCGUCUAAGUUCCCAACAAAGAAGGGUGGAGAGGUCGAGCUUCGUACAAGGAAAGGUCAUGACAUGACCUGGUCAUGUGACAAGCAUGGUGAGCCAAUCAAAUUUUACUGUAAGAAACACAAAAUUCCUAUUUGUCAUCCAUGCGCUACCAAAGAUCACAGUCAGAAACCAUGUGAGCUAGACGACAUCGAGGAUGUCAUCUUCGAAAGGAGAAGACAGCUAGAUGAAAAACGGCCAAAAGUUCAAGGACUUCACAAACAAUUGGAAGCCCUCAGCACGAAAAUAAAGACUGUGUCAACGUCUGGAAGUACUCAUCUUCGGACAAUUGACAACAACAUUCAAGAUUCAUAUCACGACAAGAUCGAUUCUGUUGGAGAAAAGGAGAACAGGAUGAUUAGGGUUAUUAACGAGGAGGCAGAUGAGGAAAUAAGACUAGUAAAUGAGAAGAGAGAAAAACGGAUCAAGGAUUGCAACACCGAGAGAGAAAAUGAGCGACAAAUCAUCAAACACAAAGAAGCAAAACUUCUAGCAGAUGCAAAGAAAAUCAGCGAAGUUGUUGCUAAGAAGAUCAAGGAUCUGACUGAUAAGAAUCAGCAUGUAAUAAACACUGUAGAGAACAUUGAAUCAACCAUCACACGUAUUAACCAACAUGAUGAAACAUUGGUGAAUGAAGCUCCUCAAGUACUUGCAUCUAUUGAUGAAAAUUUAAGUUUGAAUGUUCAUCAAGAUGUUAGCGACUGUCUUGACCGAAUACAGAAUGAAGUUGAGAGAAUGAAGUUUGUAGAGAGGGAAGUAGGUGGAGAAUACUAUGGUAGAAUUGGUGGGUAUAUCGGUAAAUGGGAACUUGUCAAGUCAAUUCACAUUCCAUCGGUUGUUAAUAACCCGUGUGCGCGUGGUUUAGUCAGUGAUGAUGAGAUAUGUGUGCAAGUACGUAACAGUGACAUGUAUAUUACAAACAUCAACACUCAACACACAGAGAAAGUCAUUGAUGAAGGUGUGCGUGUUACAUCAUGUGCGCCCAUAGACAGUAACGUAAUAGUAUGUGGUAAGGGGACAGGUGAUCGCACGGGUGACAGGUUGAAUGGAUGCAUCACUCUCUAUGACAGACAAUGGAAGGUGAUUAGAGACAUCAGCAUACCAAGGAAUGGAUACGCCGUAUAUUAUAGUGUGUAUGUUGAUGUUGACAGGGAUGGGAUGAUCAUCGCUGGUCAGUUCAAUCAGUCUAAUAUCUACGUCAUCAAUCCUGCUGAUGAUAAGAUAGUAAACACUAUUACGAUGCAGGGUAAGAAGGUGUGGGAUGGGAUACAAGCCUUGUCAUCAGGUGAUAUCGUUGUGAAGACAGAUUAUAAUAAAUACACUGUCAUCUCACGAUCAGGAGAACGGAAGGCUGUCAUACACUGUGAUGAGUGGGUCUGGUCAGAGUGUCUCGUUGACAAACUGACAGACACACUCUACAUCGCGUACUGGGAUAGAGCGCGUAAUACAUACGCAGUUGAUCAGGUGUCACGUGAUGGUAUCAUCCAGGCAAGAAGGAUCGUGGAAUACGUGAAAUCAGAUCGCCCUCACCCCAGCAGUCAUUGUCUUGUUACUCCUUCUGGUAACCUCGUAGGAUGUGAUGGAGACAAACUUCAUCUUUACAAGAAGACUUUAAUCUUGUGAAUCAUCCACACUAUAAAUAAUAACUUGUGACAUUUUGUAAGAAAAAAAAAAUAGAUCACUGAUUACAUUGUUUGUGCUUGAUUUCAUUGUGUUUCCAAUCCACUCUUUGAGUUGAUUUUAUCUUGAGAAAAAAAGAAGAACAUGUUGUAAUUAAAUGGAAACGAAGAUUGAUGGAUAUUACGAAUGUUAAGUAACAAGAAUUUAAACCUCAUAAAUAUCGAUGUUUGAUAUAAAAUGAUCCUUAUUCAUUCAUAUGAUAAUGGACUUGAGGAGAAUAGACAUAAUUUAACCCCCCCCCCCCGGCCUAUAAAUCCUCUCGAAAUCAGUUUAUUACGCUUCCUAAUCAUUUGUACACAUUAUGGUCAAUCCUUAUAUAUAUAUUCAUUCAGAACUCUUUAAAUUAGGUAUUCUAAUAACUUGUUAAACCGUCCUUAUUUUCUUUCAUUUGUACAUGUCAUAUCACACCUGAUCCACUAAUGUUACUUGUUGUCUAUAUCAGUAAAUGAAGUUAUCUUUAUACCAUCAUCAUACCACAUUGUCUACAUGAUCAGGAUAUAAGUAUCUAAAGAGUCGAUUGAUUUGAUAACAUUCGGUAGAAAUGAUAACAAUUGGUAUAAAUGAUAACAUUCGGUGGAAAUGAUAACAUUCGGUAGAAAUGAUAACAAUUGGUAGAAAUGAUAACAUUCGGUGGAAAUGAUAACAAUUGGUAGAAAUGAUAACAUUCGGUGGAAAUGAUAACAAUUGGUAGAAAUAACAACAUUCGGUGGAAAUGAUAACAUUCGUUAGAAAUGAUAACAAUUGGUAGAAAUGAUAACAAUUGGUAGAAAUGAUAGCAUUUGGUAGAACUGACAACAUUCCGUAGAAAUGAUUACAUUCUGUAAAUAUGAUAACAUUCUGUAGAAAUGAUGACAUUGCGUAGAAAUGUUUUAACAUUCAAAGAAAUGGCAGCAUUCAGUAGAAAUGACAGCAAUAUUCGCUAGAAAUUAUAACAUUCGGUAGCAAAAUAUGAUGUUAUUUUGCGCCCUCUACAUUCAUCAUACAUCACUAGUGAGGUAAAUUUGAUUACAUCAUCUUAUUAUUUUCCCUGUCGGCCAAUGGUAUAACAAUUUAAGAACCUGCCUUAAUGGAUAUUAAAAUCAUUAACAUUCAGUAACACACACGAUGUACAUUGAUAAGACAUGUUCAUAUUUUCCUAUUAGUCAGAAUUCGACAUGACGAAUAUUUUGCGUUUGUGAUUCAAUAAGCCCUGUGGCCCAAUGGAUAAGGCAUCUGACUACGAAUAAGAAUGUUUUAUCAUAAUGUGUAUUGUUAGCGAUAGUGAUGAUAUUAGAUAAUACACUAUAUUUAAUUGUGUACAUUCUAAACUCGUGUUUAAGCGAAUGACACAUGUUAUGCUGUUGAUAGUUAUAUUCAAUCUUUCUACAAGACUGAUAUCAGAUAGAAUUCAGUAAAUUAUUUGAUACUUGUUUCUCUUUAAUACAUUCAUAUCCCCUUCUCAUAUAAUAAUAAUAAUAAUAUAGGGUAUUUAUAUUGCGCACAUAUCCACCUUGUUAGGUGCUCAAGGCGCUCCUAUAAUACCCGGAUAAGCUAGGCGUUUAUAGCGCACACAGCUUUUGAAGGAAUUAUUUCCUUCUGGUACCCAUUUACCUCACCUGGGUUGAGUGCAGCUCACUGUGGAUCAGGUUCUUGCUGAAGGAAAUUACGCCAUGGCUGGGAUUCGAACCCACGACCCUCUGUUUCAAAGUCCAAAGACUAAUCCACUGGGUCACAACGCUCCACAACGUAUAUAUUUAUACCCAAUCUCUUUUAUAUUCAUAUAUCUCCUUUCUCUCUCAUCAACGUAUAUAUAUAUUUGCACGAUCACCAUUUUUUCUCUAUAUGAUUUUUAUGGUUAUAAAGUUUGGGGUUAUAUUUAUUUUUGAUAGUGAUAAUCAUGUUGUCUAGAUUCUAAUCAGAUUUAUUGUAAAAAUAAUCAAUAUCGUGUAAAUAUCAGCUGUAUUAUUAAUAAUUGUGCAGAUUGUUCUUUCAACUAUCGAUCAUUAUGUAAUGUACGAAAGAGCCUUUGCUAAAAAUAUAAAAAAAAGUUUGUAUUAUGUGUCGUAGUUCUUCAGUAUUUCAUGUGCAGAUGAUCAAAGUUUGUUUCAUAAAAAUGGACACUACACAAAUAUUAGGUGCGGUAUAGCUCACAAUCAUUUCAUAGUUCAUAGAGUGAUGUAUGUAAGAAGCGCUUUUAGAUUUUAAUAUGAAUAGAAAAGGUAUAAACUUUAAUUCUAAAAAUCUGUUUCGUUAUCUCUUGUAUAAUCUCUGAUUUUAUAUGUGGUACAAAGAAUGCAUUUUCUUGCUGGUAAAUAUACAGGUAUAAAGGAAGUAGAGACCUUGUUGAUCAAAAAGAAGAGAAUAGUCAAAACUUUGCCAUGUUCACUUUUAUGAAAAAGAUGCUUAUUAGAAUGUCACCAUGUAAAGUAUUUGGAACUUUAGUGGAGAUUUUCAUUGAAGAAAAAAAGGGACUGUUUAGGAUUGGUUAUACAGCUUUUGGCAGUAGCGGUGAAACCGAUGAUGUGAUGAAGGUGGGGGUGAUUUCAGUACAUGUGCUUAGAACAGUGAACAUGUAAAUAUUACUUUGAUUAGAAGAAUAGAAAGUAUAUGUCUUACUUCUAAUGAAAUAUAUUUUCAUAUACACUUUAUGUGAAUUACGAACACUUCUUGAAUAGAAAAAAAAAACAAUGUUUGUGGAUGUAUCAUGGACUUUAAUCUAUACGACAUAAUUCUAACCUACUUUGGAGCAGAAAAUAGUCAUGUGGAAAUGGAAAGGAAAUAUCUUUAUUAUGGAUAAUAGUAUUAAUAAGUACAUUUCAAGAAAGGUUUGUCAAUGCAAUAUAUAGUUGUAUACAGAUUACUGAUCCAAUUAUCAACCGUUCUGAAUAAAUAUCUAAGAUUUUAAAUUGGUUGGAAUCUUUGUAGGGUGUAUUUUGAAGUCAUCAUCAUGGUUAUGAGGAGGGUGUAUUUUAAUGCACAUAUGAUUAUGUCAUUUUGUAAUCAAGUAAUUUUGUCAGCAUAACCGAAAUUAAAUGUCAAACCCCCC